AUGACUAAUGCUAGUGAUUUCGCCCUUGGGGCCGUUCUCGGUCAAAGAGUUGGUAACAAGCCUUCUAUCAUCUACUAUGCAAGUCGUACCUUGAAUGAUGCUCAGAAAAAUUAUACCACCACUGAGAAGGAGUUGUUGGCUAUUGUGUUUGCCUUAGAAAAAUUUCACUCUUAUGUCAUUGGAUCUCUUAUCACCAUUCGAGAUAAAAAAGGAGUAAAAAAUGUUGUAGCUGACCAUCUUUCUCGUUUGCAGUUACCUGAUAUAUCUGUGUCCCUUUCCCCUUUAAAUGAUGAUUUUCCUGAUGAGCGUCUUUUUGCAGUGUCGCGCACUCCUUUGUUUGCUGAUAUUGUGAACUAUCUUGUCACCGACCAAAUGCCAGACCAUUGGCUCACCCAGGACAAGCGUAAGUUCUUAGAUGAGGUAGGACAUUAUUAUUUUGAUAAUCCACACCUAUUCAAAUAUUGUUCUAACCAGUUGGUGCGUAGAUGUGUUCCAGAUGAUGAAUUUAAUUCCGUGAUGCAUUUUUGCCAUGGUGGGACAUUUACUGUGGACUAUGUUUCUAAAUGGGUGGAGGCAAUACCUUGUCGAACCAAUGACCACAGGGUUGUUAUCCGUUUUCUCAAGGAGUUAUUUGCACGUUUUGGCAUGCCCAAGGCUAUCAUUAGUGAUGGAGGGUUGCACUUUUGUAACAAACCGUUUGAAAAACUCAUGCAAAAGUAUGGAGUGACCCAUAAGGUCUCUACUCCAUAUCACCCUCAGACUAAUGACAAAUUUAGGGAUGUCUCCCUACAGAUUAACUUUUCACUUGAUGAUGCUAAGGAUUUAAGGAAAUUGCAAGUAUGUGAGCUUGAAGAAUCUAGGAGGGAAGCUUACGACAAUGCCUGCUUAGCAAAGGAGCGGAUGAAGAAACUGAAGUCCCGGUGGGGUGGUCCGUACAUCAUUGAAAAAGUUCAUUCCUAUGGCACGGUAGAAAUUGUAGAUCCAAAGAAUGACAACAGCUUCACAGUCAAUGACUAG